AUGACGCUGGCUUUCUUCCCCGAUGAACUGAUCGUUGAAAUCAUCUCCCGUCUCCCCGUGAAAACUCUUAUCCGGUUCAGGUGCCUCAACAAAUCUUUCAACACUCUCAUCUCUGAUCCCAACUUUGUUAAAAUCCAUCUCAAGAAAUCGGAACGAAACCCGCACCUCGCAGUCCCUGCGUACCGAUAUGCCGAGAAUGAACCACAUCUCUUAGCCUUCCCAAUUUCUCGUUUACUUGAGAAUUCAUCGACCACCAUUCACUACGAUCCUUGCUAUCGAUUGAAUCACAGUGACGGUAGUUGGCGAGUUGUUGGUUCAUGCAAUGGAUUGCUCUGCUUGCUUGAUCGGAAUACUUCACCUGCUGGUCAACGACUUUGUUUAUGGAACCCAGCCACUAGGAAAAAAUCUAAAUUUGUUUUAGGCCCACGUAAGUAUACUAAGUUCUUUUUUGGUUACGAUUAUUUGACUGAAACUUAUAAGGUGAUAGCGUUUCGUGUGAAGUUGGAUAUGGGCAACGGUAAUGCAAUGGUGAAAGUUUUAAGCAUUGGGAAUAGUUCUUGGAGAAAUAUUCAAUGUUUAAUGCUUCCACUUUAUUGGUAUCAACCUAAUAAUAAUUGUACCCGUGUGCAUUUGAAUGGUACUAUUAAUUGGUUGGCCGUGCGAAAUUACUUUGACAAAUAUUUGAAUGGUAUAACUGUUGUCGAAUAUGUGAUAGUUUCGCUUGAUCUCUCCACCGAGUCACACACUCAGCUGCUGUUGCCUCAGGGUGUUGAUAAGGGGCCAUGUCAUCAGCCAACACUUGCAGUUUUGAUGGACUGUCUUUGUUUUUCUUAUGAUUUCAAGAGAACUCAUUAUGUUAUUUGGCAGAUGAAGGAUUUUGGAGUUCACGAGUCUUGGAUUCAAUUAUUUAAAAUUAGUUAUCAGAAUUUAUUUUCAUUUAACGGUUGUGUAAUGAAGUUUAUAUCGUUUAAAUUGUUGCCAUUGCAUCUUUCUGAGAACGGCGAUACAUUGAUAUUGGCAAAUGAUGAUGCCGACAAGGCAAUUGUCUAUAAUUGUAAAGACAAUACAACAGCAAAAAUUCUAAUCACUAAGCAAAUAUUUUGGCGACAAGCCAGAGGUUAUGUCGAAAGUUUGGUUUCGCCUCGUUGA